UAAAAGUCAAACAAUAAUUCUUUCGUUAAGUUAAUAAAAGAGGGUUAUGGUUCAUGUCGGCUUACUUAAAUAUUUGAGGAAGAAAAAGAGUGGCGGCGCUGCCACAUAAGGCAUAUAUAUAUCUUUAGCCGCCUAUGUAAUUGUAAUCUUCUCUCUUUAUAUAUUACACACGUAGACAUGUCACGUUUGGUUAAAUUGAGGGUAUGAUUGAGAUUGAAUACAAACGAAAACAAGACUUUCCUAUGGUGAAAGAAGGACUCGUCAUGAACGAGAAGCCGAAGAGGAAUCCAAUGAGCCCCAAGGAGAAGCGAUAUAAAGGGAUAAGGAUGAGGAAGUGGGGGAAGUGGGUGGCUGAGAUAAGGGAGCCAAACAAACGAACACGGAUCUGGCUUGGUUCCUACAAAACCGCGGUUGCUGCCGCACGCGCUUACGACACCGCCGUGUUUUACUUACGUGGUCCUUCUGCAAGACUCAAUUUCCCCGAACAUGUCUUUCAGGACAGAAACGGCGGUGAAGGCGUUGGAGGAGACAUAUCUGCGACGUUGAUACGGCAGAAGGCGGCUGAGGUGGGAGCUAGAGUUGACGCGGAGCUCCGGUCAGAGAAUACUAUGGUGGAGAAACUAGACAUGAAUAAGUUGCCAGAGGCAUAUGGAUUGUAAUUUUACAGUUUGGUAGUUUAUAGGUUGGAGAUUGCCCGGAGACAGAGUCAAACAGAGGCUCUGAUUCAUACAAGGCAUAAUAUAGUUGAUAAUUGCUUUUUUUUUAUUUCUUGAGCAUAGUAAUCUUUUCAUAAGAAUGAGAUUUAAGAUUACUAAAAAACAAACAUAAACGAAAAAAAUGCUAAUAACCAAUGAUUAUUAAAUCGUUAUUAGCAUAGUGUUUACGAGAA